AUGGGCCAGGCUGUCGGUUUAAAAGGAGGUGAAGUAUCAAAAGGACACAGCAAACAUGUCGAUGAUCCGCGAAUUAUUUCAAUAGUCAACGAGCUCCUUUCAGCUGUCCGAGAUAUCGCAGGCUAUAGCGAUGAGAUUUCCCCGAAAGAUUUGACUGUUUCAGACAAAAAAGUCAACUAUGAUCGAUCUCGCAGAAAGGUUUCCUCAAUACAUAUUCACCUUGUGUUAAAGGACAAGGCUCGAAGGAUCGCACAAGUUGAGUGUUUCUCAACGCUAGUGGAGGACCUCUAUAAAUUGGUCCCUAUUGAUCAGAAUCAACAACAGCUAGCAAUGUCUGGACUAUCCAUAUAUAACAAAGAGAUUUCAAAUUCUCCAAAAGGCAUGGGUAGCAGAAUUGAAAAAGAGCUUCAAGGUCUGUUCGGUAUCCUAAAUUUUGAAUUUUGGCUAAGUAUCGCAGCCGAGGCAAUUAGAGACUUGCGGGUAUGGCUUUUGGGCAAUCAGGUUGCCAGCACCCUUUAUGAAGACAAUAUCAGAAUAAAAUUGAAGGGAACGUGCGAAUGGAUUCUGAACAAGCCAUUCUUUCGAGACUGGUCGUCAACCAACUUUCUAAAAAAUCGUUCCAAGGCCCUUUGGAUUCAUGGUCCUGCGGGGUUUGGAAAGUCGAUUCUUUGCACAAAAGCCAUUGAGCAUCUGCUCGAUCACUCAGAGACGCCUACUGUGCAUUUCUUCCGUUCUUCUGAUUUUGAAAGCAAAAAGGUGCAUUUAUAA